CAGAGAUCAGAGCAUAUCAGAUCCGAUUAGAAGUUAGCUAUUGUACACGUGAUUUGUUGAGGAGCAAUGCGGACUUGAGAGCCCGCUGGCAAUUAACCGGUCUGCCUGACAACUCUCAUCAACACCAACAAAGUCACCAGAAUGUUGAAACUGAACAUUCUGCUUGCGAGUUUAUUUGCGACAUGUUGUUUUGCAGCUCGUCUUGAAGGCUCAAUCGAAAAGAAUGCAUUGCUACAAGAUCUCGCCGACCUCGAAUCUACUGCGUCUGUUCAGUUGAACGGCGGAGAAUACUCCACCUUUGUUCAAAAGGACGGGAGAUUUAUUUUCCCGGAAGUCCCGUCAGGAAACUAUUUUCUGGAGAUACAAUCCGUAAAUUACAUAUUCCCAAAGCUUCGUGUUGAUGUUGGAGACGACUCCGUGAAGGGAGCAUUCUCAUCUUUGGGAAGUGAUUGGUCUACAACGGGAUAUGAUGUUACAUACCCUUUUGUUCUCAAAGCCAAGGCUCCAGCGGAGUACUUCUUUAAACGUGAAGGCUUUAACGUUAUGAACAUGUUCAAAAACCCUAUGAUGAUCAUGAUGGGUGUGAGUGCCCUUAUGAUGUUCGUGAUGCCAAAAAUGAUGGCAAAUAUACGCCCUGAAGACAUGGAAGACUUCAACAAGGCUCAAGCAGACGCUCAGAAGAUGAUGUCGGAUGUUCCUAGUUUUGGUAAAUUUUUACAAGCACCAGCACAAUCUCAGAACAAGCGAAGAAAGUAAUGAGAGAACGCGAGUAGAUAACGUUAAUUUCGUUUAAUAUAAACUUGUAAAUUUUUUUAUAAAAGAUGGGUCAUUGUGCUGUUUGUUUAUGUCUA